AUGCGUUUAUUCAAAAAUGUUUUAUUAAAUGCAGUCUUGGCUACUGCAAUUGUACCGAACGUAAACAUAGAUCAAACAAACACACGCGGAAAUGAUCCAAGUCUCGAUUCAUUAUCUUUACCCAAUUUAUUGACAAUUGACAGUUUAUCACGUAUAAACAACUAUCAGCUUAGCAGUGUUACAUUUGAUCAAGGAAGACUAUUAAUGGAACAGCGAGGCUCAAUCUGGUCAAAGUCCUUUAUUCCAUCAAACGAUUUCACAGUUGAAGUAGUCUUCAGAUCAUCAGGUAAAUCACAGGACAUUCAAUUUUCAGACAAUGGGUUAAAUUUAUGGCUUUUGGACGACGGGAAAAGUCAAAGUCUAGACCAAUAUGAUGGAUUCAGAUUCGCAAUCAACAAUGUAGAUACACAAGGUUUGAAAAUCUUUAAUAAUGAUGGAACAAAGAAUGCGGAAAAUGGACUUGAUGUCAGCAUUGGCGAUUGUCAGUUCAGAUAUUUGGAGAGUGACGUACCAUUUACGUUGAGGAUAUCUCAUAGUGAUAAUUGGUUUAAGGUGCAGGUUGACAACAACCUAUGUUUCAAAACUGACAGGGUCAAAUUGCCCCAAAAUCAGAAUUUCAAGUUGGGAAUCACUAGUAACUCAAACCCUCAAUCACAAGAAGUUUUUGAAAUCUUGUCUGUCAAAGUAUGGGACAAGUUGACCGAAGAUGCAGUUGAUGACCAUGGGCUAAUGGCUGAUGGGGAGUUGAAGGUUGAUGUCAAGAAGAUUGUGGAUGGAUCGCAGCAACAAAAAGAUGAAGGCUAUGUAAAACCAAGUGUAUUAAGAGAGUCAUUAAUGGAAAGAGCUAGAAGACAUAGAGAAGAGACAGAAAGGCCACAGCAACAACAACAACAAGACAAACUGAAUCAAGGUAGCCAGAGUAAUGAUUUUCUGGUAGUUCUCAACAAAUUGAGUCAUUUAGAGUACUUGGUAAAUGACUUGCCAAAGAACUUCGACCCAUCUUCUUCAAGUAGCCAAAAUGACCAAUUUGAUCAGUUGGUUCAGUCUCAGUCCAACAUAAAUUCAGCUAUUCAAGAAACACGUGAUAUCGUUAAUGACUUGAAAGAGACAUUUAUUCAACAAUACGCCCAAUUACUCCAAGCCGUGUCAGAUCUUAAUCAAAAAGUCAUUGGCGAAGUUAGGGAGCAACAUUUCAGUAUGGAAGAAAUUGGCAAGAAAGUUGACUUGUUGAUGAACGAGCACAAGGAAGUUCAGUAUCAAUACCGAAAGCAGAAUGAACAGAGGGGUCAGGAAUCAUCACACACUAUGUCUUCAUCGGACUCAGUUUUUGAUAAAUUAAUCAAAUGGAUUUUGGUUCCAUUGAUGAUUGUUUUGCUUGCAUUAGUUGUAUUUGUUUAUCGUCUUAGACACGAUAUCAAACACUCCAAACUUUUAUAG